AUCCAGCUCACGAGAAGAUCUCAUUGUUUUGCCAGAAAAUGUGUUUCACGCAUCAACUAAUAAUCAAGAACCUGGCACAGUUUUGUUGGACGCGGAUUACCAUAAUCAUCCAUUAUCUACUAAUGAUGCUCCUUAUAAAUUUGACAACAAUAUCUCAGAAGAUUUGAACUCGGAUGAUUUCGAAUUGAGUGGUGUUUAUCCUCAUUAUCUGAUCGAUUUUACUGGAUUCCCUGUGCAAUGUGUUUUAAAUACAAUCAAAUUAAUUGUAAUUUGGGUUUAUGAAGACCCAACAUUAUUUCGAGGGGGAGGAUAGACGCGAGAAAAAUUUAAAAUCCGGACAUCAACUCCGGAUCUCCAAAAAAAGGGGAGGUGUUGGAAUAUUCAGGAAAAUAUCCCAGAAAUUAUCCUGUUAAGCCUAAUGCUAUCCUUGGACAUGAAAUAGUAUCAUCUUAUUGGCCAAUAUUUAUUUAACGUGUUAUUUUCCUGUUGGCCAAUAUUGUACAAUGUUAUUUCUAUUUUGUGGUACGUUGUGGACUGCUUGACUGGUAUAUAAACAAAGCAUGCUUGAAAUAUAAUGAUUCAUAUAUCCGAGGCUGUGACUUGCGUUCUGGACUCAAUUGGCUGGGCUAUACAGGGAAGCGAGACCAAUCAGAACCCUAGGUCGUUCUACGUGUUUGCGCGUCUUUGGUCCGAUCAAUAAUUCGCUACCCUUAACCAGGAGCAUUCAUUUUUCACGUUAUAACAAUUGGCGACGGGGUGAAGAAAAGAUACAAUCCAAAGUCAUUCUGUAAUUGGACGAAAUCCAGUCUAAUUAUCCAACCAAUCAGCAUCCAGAUUGUCGUCAGUGUCCUUCAACGACAUUGGUCAUUAGUCAUACAGUAAUUUUCAUCACAGGUGCUGAUUCGAAAAAAAUGACUCUUCCUUCCGAUCGAUUACAGCUGCUCUAUGAACGACAUUUGGAGUUAUUAGUCAAAUUUCGUACGCAGCUGCUAAAUCACUCAUGCUAUGAAGACGCGACGGGAGUGGAUGGAUUGAUAUCUGAAAUACACAGUGAGCUGGAAAAUGACAGCAGCCUCCAUGAAUCCUCGAUGAACUGUACUUCAAACGAAACAGUCAUCCAUCAUGCGCCCAGUGGUCCAGUACUUUCUAUUUCAGAAACAUGCCCGGUAAUGGAGUCAAACUCCAUCAACCCCGAAACAGCAUGUGCAGACAGUAACAUAUCCAGCUCACGAGAAGAUCUCAUUGUUUUGCCAGAAAAUGUGUUUCACGCAUCAACUAAUAAUCAAGAACCUGGCACAGUUUUGUCGGACGCGGAUUACCAUAAUCAUCCAUUAUCUACUAAUGAUGCUCCUUAUAAAUUUGACAACAAUAUCUCAGAAGAUUUGAACUCGGAUGAUUUCGAAUUGAGUGGUGUUUAUCCUCAUUAUCUGAUCGAUUUUACUGGAUUCCCUGUGCAAUGUGUUUUAAAUACAAUCAAAUUAAUUGUAAUUUGGGUUUAUGAAGACCCAACAUUAUUUCGAGGGGGAGGAUAGACGCGAGAAAAAU